ACUUCCGGUCCGAAGCUAACUUUCACCCCCGGGAAAACGUGUUUGAAGCGAGGGACGUUUUGAAAGCGUUCACGGUUGUAUGUGAGAUGGUUUACCCAACUCUUGGUCGACAGUCGCUAAUUAAAUACAGAAUUUAGUACAGUGGUCUCAUUCAGGCAGCACGAAACUCGAGCAUGUAAAUUAACAUUUAUCUCGGCAGUUUACAACAUGUUUUCCUAGCUAGCGAUGGGCAUACUUUGCCAGUGCAUAUUCCGGUGAUUCAUGUUUGCAGCGUUGUGAUGUCAUGCAUGUGUUUAAUAGAUUAGGCAAAGUAAACGCGAAUACCACACACCGUGCGACUCUCUCCGGGAAAGUAUGGAUCUGGGUAAAGCGAAGCUCCCCAGGACGGGUUUGAACGUGCUGCAGCAGGCAGUUCACCCGGUGCACGGCAUCGCCUGGACGGACGGGAAGCAGGUGUGCCUGACCUCGUUCCGGAGCCCGGACGGCGCGGAGCCCCGGUUUGGCGACACCAACGUGAUCGGGCAGUUCGAGCACGUGCUGGGGCUGCGCUGGGCACCCCUGGGAUGCACCGGUUCGCCUGCGCUGCUCGCCGUGCAGCACAAGAAGCAGGUGACGGUGUGGCGGCUGCAGCGCGACGCUGGGAACGAGUUGCGGUGUGCGCGGGCGUGUGAGGCGAGCGAGCCGCUCCCCCUCCUGACACAGGGCUGCGUGUGGCACCCCAGAGAGGACACACUCGCACUGCUGACACGAAGGGAUGUGUGUGUGCUGUUUUCCGUGCGUGGGGAGGCGGGGCGUGUUAGGGCGGAGCUCCGGGAGGGCGGGGCCGUCAACUGCGCCUGCUGGGCGGGGGAGGGGCCUCGGCUGGUGGUUGCCAUGGGAACGUGCCUGAGGGUGUUUGUGUGGAGUGAGGCUGAGCGGACGCUGGCGGUGUGUGCAGUCUGCCCCCUGCUGGACGUGGGCGGGAGUGUCUGUGCACUGGAGGCUGUGGGGGGCGCCCAGGUCGCCGCGGCGACAGAGCUGCCACUGGAUGCGCUCUGCGGGCUGAACUCGGGAAUGGCCUUCGAACUGCCCCCCGCCCCUGCCCACUCCCCCUCGCCGACACAGCCCCAGGAUUCCGGGCUGGAUUCACGCCGGCGCUCCGUGGACUGGGAUCGGUCGCUGUUACCUGGUCUCCGGGCGGCCGUGGCCUCCGGGCCGGUGGAUCUGACGCACAUCCUGUCCCAGCCACGGCGGUCAGAGCCCAGCCUGCUGCUGCAGCGCCGCGACACGCUAACGGGCUCCGGACAAGACUCUUCCCACCUGGCGUUGCUGACCUUUGACCCCCGGGCUGCCCCCUGCAGGCUGAGUAUCCCGGGCAUCCUGACCCCUGACCUGAUUGCCGUGGCGCCCAGCGGCCGAGCUGUCGCCGUGGCGUCCAACAGUGCCAGCCUCGUCCUAGUGUACACAGUCUCCACGGCGACCACGCCCAGCCUUCAGGCCGUCUCCACGGCGACCACGGCGACCAAGGCCAGUCCGCAGCAGAUCCGGCUGCAGCCGCACGAGCGGCCGAAGGGGCUGCGUUUCCUUAGCGACCGCCGGCUGCUGCUCAUGGUUGGCCGGCAGAGGUCAUGUGACCCGGCCUUCCUGCCAUCCUCCACCUCAGAGCGGUACGAGCUGCAGCUGCUCAGUAAGGACCUCCAGCUCGACACAGAGGCGUCCAGAGACCUGCCGGCACAGAACCCCCCCUCCCUCAGCGGCCCCAGGGAGGAGCAUUUGGGGGGUAUGGGGGCGCUGCUGCUGCCGGGGGGGGUGCGGGGCCCCUCCCUCAGGGGGAGGAGGCUGGUAGAGGAGGUGCGGAGCGAGGGGUCCAGCCCCACUCUCAGCCUGACCGAUCUCUCCGACCCCGCAGCCUCCUGCUCCUCCAUCACCGUGGAGACGCUGGCGUCAGAGCCCCGGGGCGGGGGGGGGUCGCCGCAGUUACAGCCCCCGGACCCCCCCCUCCCGCUCGCUCAGAGCAUGGAGCGCAUGUUCGCCCGCUUUGGCCAGAUGCAGCACUGCUUAAAGGAGCUCCGGGACCUGGCCCUAAACGGGAGUAAGGCCUGGGGCAGCUACCCCCCCCGCCAAGAGCCCCCCUACGUCAUCGUCUCCUGCCAGACGCAGGUCUCGGAGAGCGUGUUCAUGGAGGACAGGAGGUCUGUGCUGCUCUGUGACAGAAAGCUCUGCCUGCAUGUGUUGCUGGAGCUUUUCAACAUGCGUGUGCUGGAAAUGCUGCACGGAUCGCAGUGGAUCGUCCUGGUGGCCGACGCAGACGGGUUUGUGCCGCUCACGUUCAGACCGAAGGAGGAGCUCACGGUGCGGGACGGCAAAUACAAAUUACCCAGAACCCCCGGCGGUGACACUCCGUCAGACAGCCUGUCCUGAUAGGGCCUGGGGCAGGACAUUCCUACCUGUGGAAACUGCUCCAGGUGUGAGAUCACAGACAUGUGAUCAGAAUGUUCGUAACUGAACAUUCUAAUGCUGAUGUCACAAUCACUGCUGGAACCGAAAGUAAUGAAGUUCUUGAACACCUGCUCUUCAGAUCUAAAAAAAACCAAGUCAGGUGAAUCUGCUGUAAUCAGCUGCUUUAAUUGAUUAAUUAAAUUAAAUGAAAGUGUGCAGUAACAACGAAAUCCAGCAAACCUUGCAGCCCUGGGCCUAGUUACAGCUCAGACCUGCAGCGCUUUCUAAAACACCGCACUCCCGCCUGGGACUGUGUGAAAGGACCGCCUCCCUUCCUCCCGGGGGUUUGGAUUCAGAUCAUCAUCAUCA